GCAGUCUAGGCUGUGGGAGCUAAUAAAUGGUCAUCUGAAUUCGGACAGCUAAGCUGAGGGAUUUCUACAGUGUCUCAGAGUCACCGCAGCCACCCUCUCCCAGAGGUCUUGCCAAGAGCGGACGCUGGAACCCCGAGGGGCGUUAGAAUCUGCGGGCCCCUGAGCCAUUCGUAAGAAGCCAAGCUUGCUCCGCUUCUGGCAUCGUAAGGCUCCCUCCCCCAACAACUCGCUGUGACACAGGGCAAGCUCUUCGCAACAUCAGUCGACCCACACGGAAACCAGUUUGGGCCCAUCAGUCCACUGCUCUCUGGAAAAGGAAGCAGGCGGGACCGGCCGCAAUAACGGCGCCGCAUUUCAAAAGGGUCGGUCCAGGCUCUCCCCGGCCGCCCGCGUUCCCCGCCGGCGCCGUGAGCUUGAUCUCGCGAGAUGACGGGUCCUCCGAAGGUACAAACUGCCCCCUUCGCUAAGCGCCGAGGUUUUGCGGUCAAAUUAAAUUCCGGGAGUGCGGAAGUGGCUCUGUGGUGCCGCCUCUAAACGCCCAGAAGUCAACCCCCUUUCUACACGGAACGCUAGGCCUCCGGCCGCUAUGGAUAGGCAGCCAGGGCAACAAAGCCACGCGACGCUGGCACUCGCCCAAGCUCACUUCGAGAAAGGCGACUAUGCCGAGGCCGAGGCGCUGUACUCCGCUUUCAUUCGCCAGUGCGCCUGUGCAGGCUCCGUGGGAGCGGCGCCCGGCAGCAAAUGCAGCCCUGAGGAUUUGGCUACUGCCUACAACAACAGGGGGCAAAUCAAAUACUUCAGGGUUGAUUUUUAUGAAGCCAUGGAGGACUACACAUCGGCCAUACAAGUCCAACCCACUUUCGAAGUUCCGUAUUACAACAGAGGGUUGAUACUGUAUAGGCUGGGAUACUUUGAUGAUGCUUUGGAAAAUUUCAAGAAGGUAUUGGACUUAAAUCCUGGAUUUCAAGAUGCUGCUUUGAGCUUAAAACAGACUAUUCUAGACAAAGAAGAAAAACAAAGAAGAAAUCAUUGAAAAAAUUUUUGCAAGUUUUAACUUAAUUAAAAUAUUGACUCAUGACCCUUAUAAUACCUGGCAUCUCAUUCUUUAUGAUGUAAAGUAGGUGUUGAGUAAUUACUAUUUUUUUUUUUUUGGUGACAAGCUAUUUUGAUAUAUAUUUAAGAUGAAGAGAUUCAUGCCUUAGCACUGAAAGUUAAAUAAUAUACUUAAAGUAGUUAAUUUCAGCUUGAGCAACUGUUGAAUAACUGCUUUUUGUAAAGUAUAAAUAAAUAAUAUCAAUGCAUAGC